CUGUAUGAAUCUUUAUCUCUCCAGGUCUGCUGCUUUAUAAACCAGUUCUCAGCUCAGCUCACUUAGACAUUGCUUGUUUCAACUUCUUUUCAGUCUGCUUUGGAACAGCUUCUGCCUGCAGCUAUGCUGCCUGAUUCAACUUCAGCUCUUCUUCUCCUGAGCGUCCUCCUUGUUCACUCCUCUGUUCUGUCCUGUCGGGUUGGGAACCAAAGCGAGUGUGAUGCUGCUCGUUUUGUACCAGGCUACAACCUGGUGGGGGAAGGUUAUGAUAUAGUCACACUGCAGAGAAAAAAAAUUCAUGUGAUUGAUGUGAACACUUACCUGAACCCCAGAGACAGCUGUAUUCUCUGCUCCAACCCUCUUCAAAGAGAUGACUUCCAAAAACUUCCAUCAUCUGUUGUGGACUGGAGUGCCAGCAGUCAAUGCAAUGCUGAAAUCUCCAGCAGUCAUCACACCUCUAUUAGCUCUUUGAUUAAGGCUUACGCAUCCCACGACACCAAUGAUUGGACGUUUGGCUUGGAACUUGAAAAGUUUUUGUUUGACAAGUUCGAUUUGGAAGGAAGCGGCUCCAAAGUCUACAAGUUCGCUUCACAAAAGAUCAAAGAGGACCGCUACACUUUCAGCAAACACAGUGUCACCUGCAGCCAUUAUGAUUUUAUAUUGUCAACCACACCUCCCUUAAGCGUAGAGUUCAAACAUCAGUUAGAGACCCUGCCAAGUCAGUGCAACUCCUCUACUAUGAAUGAGUAUAGAAAGCUCAUACAGACCUAUGGUACACACUACUUUCGAAUGGUUAAUCUUGGAGGGCAACUGAGACGAGUGACAUCUUCACGAAGCUGCUUGUCCUCCCUGAAUGGAUUAACCCCAAGUGAGGUCCACUGCUGUUUAUCUAUGGGUGUUGCUGUUGGUUUGGGCAAGAUGAAAUUCUCUAAUGUCCAGAAGUCUUGCAUUGGUGUCCUACGAAACCAGGACUUUGCCACUGGUUACAGCUCUGGUCUCCACCAACACCACACAGAGGUGUCAGGAGGAAAUGGUUUGUUGGGGAAGUUUUCAAUUUCCAAAGAUAAUUCCAAAGCCUACUGGAACUGGCUAAACAGCCUGAAAGAACAUCCAGAUGUUGUUUCGUACUCUCUUCGACCUCUCUAUCAACUCAUGCCAAACAAGCUUCAACAGGAAGGGAUGAAAGCUGCUAUUGAGCAGUAUUUGAAGGACAAUGCUGUGAAGAAAUCACCCGGAGAGCCACAAUGUGAGACCACCACUCCUAACUGGUCCUCUAACUGCUGCCCUCUGCACGCCUCAAGAGGAACUCUAUCGGUGACCAUUGUUCGAGGCUGGAAUCUAUAUGGAGAUGAAAUUGGAAAGACUGACAGCUUUGCCAAGAUGUACUAUGGUUCCAUAGUCCGCCAGACAAAAAUGAUUGAAUCCAAUAAUCCUGAGUGGAACGCUGAGUUUAAUUUGGGCAAGGUGGACACAAGCCUGGCUCUGAAGAUUGAGGUUUGGGAUGAAGACUGGAAAUAUCACGACCUCCUCGUAAAGUGCAAGAAGUACCUGUUGUGGGGCCCUCACAUGUUCACAUGCAAAUCAGAUUUAGGAAACAUUGAGGUUCAAUACAGACUGACCUGUGACCCGUAUCUGACUGGAGAUCGGUGCAACCUUUAUAAACCAUCUCCUAAGUGACAGGAGAUUGGUGAAUUUUGAAAAUGAAAGUAUCACGUCACAUUAAGUCACUAAAUCUGGUAGAAUCUCACAAAUUAUACUUAAUUGCUUAACUUAGUUAAAGACCUAUCUAAAUGUGUUUUUAUCAUACAAUGAGGAAAAAUUCAAGAUUCUGUGUAACAUUUAUUCACAAGAAAUAACUAUGCUUUAAUAUGUGCAACCAGAAAUUGUGUUCCUUUUAAUGACAAUACAAUUUUUUAAAUUGCUACAAGUUGUUGAUUUUAUAUAUUUUCAACAAAG